UCUUCGCUUACGAUAUUGUAGUUAAGAGUAUCACAAUUUUUUCCGCCACUUUUGCAUUUUUUUUUCUUUCACUUGUCCAUGAUUGUCGUCUUUUAACAGUCUCGAUUUCUCUGUUGAAACAAAAAAAAAAGAUUGUGCGUUCAGGUUGGGAAUCAUCAGCAGAUCAGAAUAUGGAUUUAGAAAGGGAGAUUGAAAAGCUCAGAAAAUAUCUGCAACGCGUAACAACAUCUGCACCACCACACCAUGCCCCAUCAGGAACACUUCCCCAAAAUCAUUCGGGCGUACUCCCUGGCCCCCCUGCAGCUGCUACGUGGAGAGGAGAUGCCAAAAUGGGCUUCAUUACCUGGGUUCUUUGAAUUUACGAGGAAUAAAGAUGAUUUCGGUGAUAACGAUUGAGCAACAAGACGGCAAUCGAGCUUUUACCUCUAGAUGGCAGCCAACUGGUAGAAAUUAGGAAAGCAGUCUUGCUCGGACUGCAAUCUGGAAUACCGAGGCAAGGAAUUGGAGAAUUGUUUGUUUUGGCCUUCAACCUCAGAUGUUCCUGAAAAAUGUCUAUUUAAAACUCCGUCAGACAUUAAAUAUUCGGAUAUGGACAACGAGAAAUUGGCUGCAACAGCAAGAUUGACAAUUUCUGGAACAGAACAAGAACAAGCAAUAGCGUAUUGCUUCUUAGCUACGUCGGUCUUGAGGGUGCUCACCAAAUCAUCUGAAAACUUUUGCAAGGCGUGGGGACACAUACAGGAGGGUCAUCGAACGUACUAUGCAAGCCAAUGCCCGAUAUCUGGAAUUGCACCGAGCUCUGUGGUAAUGGAAGCAAUUCACAAACAGGGAAUUAGGUCCAAGGCAUACCAGCCACAUAUAGAUAAUCUUCAGAAGCUGAUUAUGUAUAUUACAGAUCCAUCAGAUGCACAUAGAAGGCAGCAAUGGAGAUAUGGUAGAAUAUUUGACCAGAACUUUGUCUAUUUUACAAACCAGAUCCUGUCCAAAGCUUGUUGCUAUAUUGGCAUCAGCUUUACAACAAGUAAGGCCUGAAGGAGCAGAAUAAACAUAACUGAGAUAAAACAGCUUGAAGACAUUAGUGAGUCUGAUAAGGAGGAAUGCAAGAUUGCAGCAACAGUUCUCGCCAGGAUGAUUAGAAGUUCAGGACUGAAAUACAUUUCCUAUCUUUGAUGUAGUCAGUAAGCUAAUGUUUGGUAAGCUGAAAAUUUUCAACGACAAAUUAAGUAAUAUUAAGUAUUGAAUUUUUAGUUUUACUGAAUUAUUACUGUCGUACUGUUGUUCCUUUGAUAUUCUACUGAAACCUGAAUAUAUGUAUUGAUUUUGUUAUCAAACGCACAAAAACAAUCAUUCGAGAACUUACGGAGUAGAAUAAGUAUGUGUAAGCCACGCACCUCCUUGAAACCAUCAAGCCAUGAACUCCCAUUAGCUCACGUAACAUCACGGGACGAUUGGCUACUGGAAGCACUUACUAGGAGGUGCAGACGGAAAGAACUUAGUACUUGUAGCAUACUAUCAUGAAACUAAAGCUUUUAGAAAUUAAGUUCCACUUGCCUAGCUAUUGUAGGGCUCUAUAUAAGUUUUUGAAGUUCCUUUUACAUCUUUUUCUCCCUAUAACAAAAACUAAAUAAAUGCAAAGGAGAAAAUAUAUCACCCCUGCUCCAUGCCUCUAUUAAUAUAGUGCAUAAAAAUAUUCAUUCAAUUUGCAUCUAUCCCAUAUGCUCAGGGCCUUCAUUUCCAGGAUUUAUAAGCCUGCAGUAACAGAGGACAUGCUUCUUGCUAACAUUCAUUGUCAAGAAAGAGCAAGUGCGAUCUUACAGCAAUGCGGCUGCAUUUUACAGUCAUUGAUUUUGAUUGCAACUAGAUUCUUGCAAUCCAUUAGUCUCCACAACAGCUCUCAAUAGAAAUUAAAACACAGGUUUAUGUCAUAAAAGCAACCAGAGCAAUUCAUUUAUGCUGUUAAUAUAAUAUAAGCUGCUGAAUAAGAACUGAAAAGGAACAAAUGAAUCAUAACUUCUAGGUUCCAUGUACUAUAUUUCAAUCACAUAUCUGUGAAAAUCAUAGCAGAAAGUA